AUGAAGAUUUUACGUGAAUUUCAAGUGUUGCAGUCCCCAUGGAGCAUCCAGACACUCAGCAGGUUAUUCCACCAGUAUCACAAGACCUUUGCACCUUUGAAUUUCUCAGAUUAUGAAGCUAUCAGUCGUUGUGAACAGGAAGUACCAGAAUACUUCAAUUUUGCAAGUGAUGUGCUGGACAAGUGGUCUCAGGUAGAAAAGGAACGAAAAGGACCAUCAAAUCCAGCUCUGUGGUGGAUAAACGGAAAAGGAGAUGAAAUUAAAUGGAGCUUUGAAGAGCUGGGCUCCCUGUCCCAAAAAGUGGCCAACGUGCUCUCUGGGCCGUGCAGUCUGCAAAGAGGAGACCGAGUUUUAGUGAUUCUACCCCGAAUCCCAGAGUGGUGGCUGCUGAAUGUGGCUUGUAUGCGAACAGGUGUUAUCAUCAUCCCACGGGCAACACAACUGACAGCACAAGACAUUUGCUAUAGAUUGCUGGCUUCCAAGGCUAAGUGCAUUAUUACAACUGAUAUGCUUGCUCCUGCAGUGGACUCAGUUGCAUCCAAGUGCCAGUUUCUGAAAACAAAGCUAAUUGUAUCUGAAACCAGCUGGGCCAGGUGGCUGAACUUCAGCAAUUUGUUCAAGGCUGCCCCUGCUGUUCAUAACUGUGUGAAGACAAAAAGCUGUGAUCCAAUGGCAAUCUAUUUUACCAGUGGCACCACAGGCUCUCCUAAAAUGGUUGAACAUUCCUACGGAAGCUCUGGUCUGGGUUUUUUUUCUCUGUGGAAGGUAAAAUACUGGAUGAAUUUGACUCCCUCAGACAUCAUGUGGAACAUGUCAGACACUGCUUGGGUAAAGGCAGCUAUUGGGAGCGGUUUUGGUCCAUGGUUCCAGGGCACAUGUGUUUUUGUACAUGCCAUGCCACAGUUUGAUCCAGGAGUGAUCAUAAAUACUUUGAGCAGGUAUCCAGUGACCACUCUGUGCAGCACCCCAACUGCCUACUGCAUGCUGCUACAGCAUGACCUCACCAGGUAUGCAUUCAAGACACUGAAGCACUGUUUGACUGGAGGGGAACCACUCAACCCAGAAGUGAUGGCACAGCGGAAAAGCCAAACAGGACACUAUGAAGGCUACGGCCAAACUGAAAUUGGAAUGAUAUGUGCAAAUAUGAAAGGAAUGAAAAUUAAGCCAGGUUCCUUGGGAAAGGCAGUUCCUCCCUAUGAUGUUCAGAUUAUAGAUGAAAAUGGCACUGUUCCGUCUCCUGGGAAAGAAGGAGACAUUGCUGUCAAAAUGGAUGCCAAAUGGCCAUUUACUUUUUUCACUCGAUACCUGGAUGAUCCAGUGAAAACUGCUUCCACAGUCCGUGAGAACUUCUAUGUCACUGGAGACACAGGGAGCAUGGAUGAGUAUGGAUACAUAUGGUUUAUGGGGAGAUCUGAUGAUGUCAUCAUCUCCUCUGGGUAUCAUAUCGGACCAUUUGAAAUAGAGAGUGCGCUGAUACAGCACCCAGCUGUCGUCGAGUCCGCUGUUGUCAGCAGCCCAGAUGCCAUCAGAGGAGAGGUGGCAAAAGCUUUUGUGGUCUUGUCUCCUUCCUUUAAGUCAGAAGAUCCAAAGAAACUGGCCUGUGAAUUGCAAGAUCAUGUCAGGAAAGUCACUGCUCCAUACAAGUACCCCAGAAAGACUGAAUUUGUCCAGCAGCUGCCAAAGACAAUCGCUGGGAAAAUCAGAUGGAAUGAACUGAGGAACAAGGAGUGGGGACAGAUUUAG